AUGGCUAUCAAAGCUAUUAUCUUUUUGUUAGCCCACAUGCUUUUCAUCAUUGCAAUGGUGACAGCUGUGAAAGAGGAAAUUGACUCACUGGAUGCCCAUGCCACAUUCCCUGUCAAGGCUCCAUCCAAUGCCAAUGUAAAGGCUCCUAUUCAUGCCCCGGUAAAAGCUCCUGCCAAUCUACCAGGAAGGUCCCAUAUCCAUCCCCCAGAGAAGGCUCCUGCCCAUUCCCCAACAAAGGCUGAUCAUCCUCAUGCCCCAGUUAAGGCUCCUGCCCAUUCCCCGGCAAAGGCUCAUUCCCACUCCCCUCAUGCCCAUUCCCCGGCAAUGGCUCAUUCCCGUCCUCCUCAUGCCCAUUCCCCAGCAAAGACUCAUUCUCACCCCCCUCAUGCCCAUUCCCCAAAGACUCAUUCCCAUCCUCCUCAUGCCCAUUCCCCGGCAGGGGCUCAUUCCCAUCCUCCUCAUGCCCAUUCCCCAGCAAAGACUCAUUCUCACCCCCCUCAUGCCCAUUCCCCAAAGACUCAUUCCCAUCCUCCUCAUGCCCAUUCCCCGAAGGCUCAUUCCCAUCCCCCUCAUGCCCCAGGUAAGGUUCCUGCCAAUCCCCCAGUAAAGGCUUGUCCUCAUGCCCCAAGUAAGGCUCCUACUCUUCCCAAUGGUCCAGAAAAGGCUCCUGCUCAUUCCCCAGCAUAG